ACAACGAGUCAGAGCCGGGACCCAGAGGAGACACUGGGAAUGCAGACUAGCAACAAAUCUCCCUGCGAAUCUGAAGAUCCCCUUCCCCACCUCCCUCCACACUCCCACCCCUGGCCUGACACAAUGGCUGGGUGGGGCUGAGGAACUGGCUUCCUCUGUGGAGAUGGAAAUCUGGGCCUUCAGUUCCCGCCCCAAAGACACAGGGAUAUUUAUUUGGAGACACUGGGCGGCAUUUGGUGCUCCAAGGGGCCAGGAAGAUAGGCUGAAAACAGAAACUACCCCAAACCAUAAAGGCCCUGUGUGCGCAUGUGGAGCCUGGUGUGGUUGGGGGUGGUGGUGUCCGGUUGGGAGGAGGAUCGGAUUCCUGUUUCCUGCCCCUACUCACUCAGCCCUAGGAGGUGACGGAGAGUGGAGGGAACUGGAGGCUCUGGUCCUCAUCCUCCUUGUCAAGAGGAAGAGAAGCCCAGGUCUCAGUCCCAGUCCCAGUCCCAGGGCUGUCGAUUUGAUGCUUUGGCCUGGAGUGGCGGCGGCCUCCCAGGCAUCCGGGCAGGACCCAGCCUCCCAUUGGAGCUUCUCUCUGUGACCAGACCCAGGGGAUGACUUCCACAGGACACCUCCCUCCUUGGAAACACUCAGAAGACGAUGUCAGCCCAGUCCCUUCCUGCAGCAACGCCCCCUACCUUGAAGCCCCCUCGGAUCAUCCGCCCCCGCCCCCCUUCUCGCCAUCGGGCUCCACACUCCCCGGGACCUCCCCAAAACGGCUCCUCUUCGAAAGCACUUCCUCAAAUACCCAAUGAUGCAUCAACCUCAAUGUGCACCUCCAUCUUCUGGGAGCCCCCAACAUCUUCCCUGAAGCCCCCUGCCCUUCUGCCCCCAUCAGUUUCCAGAGCCAGUCUGGACUCUCAGACUUCCCCAGACUCGCCUUCCAGCACGCCCAGUCCCAGCCCAGUGUCCCGGCGCUCCGUCUCCCCAGAACCAGCUCCUUCAUGUUCUCCAGUACCCCCACCCAAGCCCUCUGGAUCUCCCCGAACACCUCUGCCCUCGCUUCCUAUGCCCCUCCAGGAUGGCUCUGCCUCGGCCCCUGGCACGGUUCGCAGACUGGCUGGCAAGUUUGAAUGGGGGGCUGAAGGCAAAGCCCAGUCCUCAGACUCCCUGGAGCGAUGCUCCCAAGGGGGCACGGAUGUGAAUGGGGAGAGAGAGACUCCCCAAGCCACCCCUUCCGGGAAUGGAUCCCAGGAGAAUGGCACUCCAGACGCUGCCCUGGCCUGCCCUCCAUGCUGCCCCUGCGUCUGCCAUGUAGCAAAACCUGGCCUGGAGCUCCGAUGGGUGCCUGUGGGGAGUUCUGACGACAUCCUCAGGGCCCCCUGCCGGGCAUCCCCACUGCGAGCCUCCCGCUCCCGCAUCAACCCACCGGUCAUCAGCCACCCUCCAGUCGUCCUCACAUCUUACCGCUCCACUGCCGAGCGCAAACUCCUACCUCCCCUCAAGCCCCCCAAGCCGACUCGAGUCAGGCAGGAUACCAGCCCCUCCGGGGAGCUUCCACAGCCGGACCUGGAACUGCCUUCAGAAGAUGGGAUCCAGACAGGGGACAGACCUGAAGAAGCACCUCAGAAUGUUCCUCCUGCGGCCUUGGAGGGAAGGGAUGAGGAAGGGCUGGAGGGGCUGAAGGAGCAGCAGUGGGAGCUGCCCCUGCAGGACGAACCUUUAUACCAGACCUACAGGGCAGCUGUGCUCUCAGAGGAGCUGUGGGGUGUGAGUGAGGACGGGAGCCCCUCUCCGGCUAAUCCCGGAGAAGCUCCCACCUUCUCCAGGCUCCCGGGACCUCGAAACACUCUAUGGCAGGAGCUCCCGGCCGUGCGAGCCAGUGGUCUCUUAGAGAGCCUAAGCCCCCAGGAAAGGCGCAUGCAGGAGAGCCUGUUUGAGGUGGUGACCUCAGAGGCCUCCUACCUACGCUCCCUGAGGCUACUGACCGACACCUUCGUCCUGAGCCGGGAUCUCCGGGACACACUCACUCCUCGGGAUCACCAUACACUUUUCUCCAACGUGCAGCGCGUCCAGGGAGUCAGUGAGCGGUUUCUAGGGACAUUACUGUCCCGCGUUCGCUCUUCCCCACACAUCAGCGACCUGUGUGAUGUGGUGCAUGCCCACGCGGUUGGUCCUUUCUCAGUGUAUGUGGAUUAUGUACGGAACCAACAGUAUCAGGAGGAGACGUAUAGUCGCCUUAUGGACACUAACGUGCGCUUCUCUGCAGAGCUGCGAAGGCUGCAGAGCCUCCCCAAAUGUGAGCGGCUCCCACUGCCGUCUUUCCUGCUACUGCCCUUCCAGCGAAUCACCCGGCUCCGGAUGCUACUGCAGAACAUCCUGGGCCAGACAGAGGAGGGGUCCAGUCGCCAGGAGAACGCCCAGAAGGCCCUGGGUGCUGUGAGCAAGAUCAUUGAGCGCUGCAGCGCUGAGGUGGGGCGCAUGAAGCAGACAGAAGAACUGAUCCGACUCACCCAGAGGUUGCGUUUCCAUAAGGUCAAGGCUCUACCCCUGGUCUCCUGGUCACGGCGCCUGGAAUUACAGGGGGAGCUGACGGAGUUGGGAUGUCGGAGGGGGGGUGUGCUCUUCACCUCCCGCCCCCGCUUCACUCCCCUCUGCCUGCUGCUCUUCAGCGAUCUGCUGCUUAUCACUCAGCCCAAGAGUGGGCAGCGGUUGCAGGUUCUGGACUAUGCCCAUCGCUCCCUGGUGCAGGCCCAGCAGGUUCCUGACCCGUCUGGACCCCCUACAUUUCGCCUCUCCCUUCUAAGCAACCACCAGGGUCGCCCCACCCACAGGCUACUCCAAGCCGCCUCACUGUCAGACAUGCAGCGCUGGCUGGGGGCUUUUCCCACCCCAGGUCCCCUUCCCUGUUCCCCAGACACCGUCUAUGAAGACUGUGAGUGUUCCCAGGAGCUGAGUUCAGAGUCACCCACACCUUCCAAGACAGAGGGACAAAGCCUGGAUUCCAAGGCCCCCCGCAAGCAUCCCCACAAGAAUCCUGAAGGUUGGCUUAAAGGGCUUCCUGGAGCCUUCCCUGCCCAGUUGGUGUGUGAAGUCACUGGAGAACACGAAAGGAGGAAGCAUCUUCGCCAGCAUCAGAAGCUCCUUGAGGCUGUGGGACCCUGUCCAGGCACUUCUGACACCCCUCAGCCCUAACGCAGGCUAGGGAGAGGGCACAGACUGGGACACUGGCAGCAGCACGGAGAAGGCGAAGUCUGCCCAGCUCUGUAUCCCUCCGCCCCCUGUUGCUGUCGGUGGAAACACUACCUCUAGUGGCACCAGCAGAGCUAGAGCUUCAGGACCGAGCAGCUAAUGAAACAGGCCAUCUGAGCCCACAGCAGGGAAGAAUGAGGAUGGCUUGAUGUGCUGCCAAUGGAGACAGCACAGUGUCCAAGGUUGAGACCCUGGCUGUCGACUGUCACCAAGGAAGAAGCCGGGCAAUGCAUUUGAGAAAAGGCGUUACCGGAGGAGUCCUGAAGACAACAGGGAUGGGUAGGAGCCCAUUCAGCCAAAGAAGAUGGUGGUUUGGACCCAAGAGACCAGUAGUCAUUCUACUUGGUUCUACAGAAGCCACUGAUCCUACCCUUUGAGUAUAGAAAGUGUUAAAUUAAUCUAACCCUUCUGUUUCUGGACUACUUCCUAUACCCUUCCAAACCACUUCCUUUGUUCCAGAAGAAUCCAGAGUGUGUCUCAGAGGACAUGUGUACACAUGUGUCCAUGUGUAUAUGUAUCUAGGAAGGCAGUUCUGCUGAAUGCGGUGUUUGUGUGUGUGAAAGAGAGAGAGAGAGAGAGAGAGAGAGAGAGAGAGAGAGAGAGAGAAAACCACUCAUGUCAGUGGUGACUGGAAACUUCAUUUCUUUUUUUUCUUUUUUUUUCCUUGUUAUUUUUCUCCCAAGAAGACAUUUGGCCUGAGUUCUAAAGAGAGUGCUGAGUAUAGCUUGGCCAGAGGCUAGGGCCGUGGAUGAGAGCCAUGGAUUCUGGGUCUCUUGGGUCCUCCUGGGUUCCAUGACAGUUGAAGCAGUCAAUGGUCUGGCACGUCGCUGAGGAACCAAGUAGCUGGGAUGAAAGAGCCUCUGCAGUCUGGGUAUUUUCCUGUCCCAAACACUGACCUCCAUAUUUCGUGCCUCUCUGCUUAUCUCCCAACUUGAAUUGUCGUCACAUCAGCCAGCCUCAGCAGCAGGCUGCAGAACGAGUCCCAGGCCAGUCAGCGUCCAUUCUGGGGGAUCUUCGUCUAACCUGAUCCUCUCAGAGGGCCAGCUCGGUGGAGGGAGUAGAGAGCUGGUGGCAUUUCCUAGCCUCAACCAGUGUCUGCUGCUGAGAACCUGUCCUCAUGCUGGAGAGGUGAGGGCUACCACAGUAGGACAGACAAUUGCUAGGGUUGGAGCUCAAGCCUGGGCGAAGGCUCCCUCUUCACAACUGUUCAAUGCUCUUCCUUCAUGUAUGACAACCUGCCCAGCCUGAACCUGCCUCGGUGGCUGUGGAAGGUGGAAUGACUCUGGGGACUUGAAGGCAGAAGGGCACUUGGCAUGUCCACAACUUUCACCCAGAAAAGUGCCAACCAUAUGGGAAACUCUCAAUAAACGUUGGUGGCAUUACCCCGAGGCUCGUCAAAGCUUGAGCGGGCAAUGGUCUACGAACAAUGGCUUUAUAUGGGGAUAGGGCUGGCUGCAGCGGUGCCAAGAACAGGUGCAUCGGUUCCACUGGAACUAGGGUUAGAGACCCGGAGCAAUGCCUGCUCGGAGUGUGUCGGCCUCUGCACAGCUUCCUAAGAUCUGUGCCUGUGGUGGACUAGAGCAGCUGCAGCUGGGGCUGCUGCAGGCUGGAAAAGAAGGCAGGGCAGGCUCAGCGCAGCUGGAGCGGUAUAGAGGGUACAGUAAGAGAUCAGAGCACAGUGUCACCAACAAGGGCCUUUCACCGACUAGCCACAUGUCUCUGUGUUUGAUUCCAUUCUGCGCCUGCUUAUUGACCACCUCCUGGUUCGAGUCUGGUCAUAAACUUCACAGACCACCUUAGCUGUUCUUACCUGCUUCUAGGCUACCAGGAAAGCAGACGAGGUAAUCCAGAACAGUCCUGUGAUAACUGGCCGGCCUCACUUGGCUUUUCAUGGUGUGACCAGAAUACCCAGACAAUCACAGCUUGUAAGGGAAGCUUUAUUUUAACUCAGGGUUUCAGAGUUUCCUAGAUACGCUCACGAGCCCUGGUGCUCCAGGGCUGUGGCAGAGCAGAGGGAACCUGCUCACCAUGGUGGGUAGGAACCAAAGGAGGAAUGAUUGAGGUUUCAAUAUCCCCUUCAAAGGCAUGCUCUCAUACCCUAACUCCUAUUAGACCCCACAUGCUAAAGGUUCCUCCCACCACCUACCUCAACUACGCCUUCAAUAUAUGCCUUUCAGGGGACAUUUAAGAUCCAAACCGGUGGGAGAUGGUGGCACAGGUAUGGACUCCCUGCAUUUAGAAGGCUAAGCAGGGUAGUCUUUGAUUCAAUGUCAUCCUGAGCACCUAGCAAGAUUCAAAUAAACCAAACAAAUAAGAUCUGAACCAGAACACAGCUCAAAGUAGCCAUGGUCAAGCCAAGCAGAGUUGAGCAGAUAACCGGGUCUGAGUUCUCACAUGAAGAAUCUGCUUCCAAACCCACCGACUUGUUGGUGGUAUUUAGUUCCCCCACUAACCGAGUAGCGGUGCCCAUCACUUUGGCCGUUCAUUAGAACCUAAUCACUAAGUGAGGUGCGGUGGUACCGAUCCGAACCCCAGCACUGGUAAGGUGGAGGCAAGAAGAUCCAGAGUCCAAGGCUGACUUAACAGAAAGUCUGAGGCCAGCCGGACUGCUUGUGUCUCACACACACAGGCACACGCACACACACUUCAAUCACUAAGUGCGUAUUCAAAAGGCAAUACCUCUUAUAUAAACGCAUGAAUAGCAAAAGCAGGGGAUCGCUGAAGUCCAUUUACCGUAGUCACUAAAGGUGAGCCAAAAGCUUCCUUAACUCAUCUUCCUUCAGUUAGAGCGCAAUAACUGAUUGCAUUUCUUUUUGUUUGUUUUGUUUUUCUUUUUAGGCAGGAUCUCACUACGUCACUUGGCUGGUCUGAUACAUUCUAUACAGACCAGGGUGGCUGGCCUCAAACUCACAGAGAUCCUCCUGUCUUUGCCUCCUGGGUGCUGGGGUUAAAGGUACAUAACAACUAUACUUAGCUUUUGGGCUUUUUUUUUUUUGCUUGUUGUUGUUGUUACUUUUUUUUUGGGGGGGUUUGCUUGUUUGUUUUUAAGACAGUGUCUCCCUCUGUGGUGUAUGACCUCUAACUCACAGCACUCCUCCUGCCUCAGGUUCCCAAGUCCUGUGAUUACAGACAUGACCUACCAAACCUGGCCUGAUUUUUAUAAAUCCUGCAGAAAUAUAUGCCCAGGUGAAUUCACUUUUAGGGUCCUCCAAUGGAGCCUAAAAAAGCCAGUUUAAGUUAUGAGAUCUGAAGCUUAAGAUAAAAAAGGCCAAUAUUUAUAUAUUUAUUUAAAAGAUAUUUAAAGGUACAAGCUGGGGAAAGUCAUCUAAGUUUAUCUGACAGAGAGGGAGAGCAUCUUAACUUUCCUCUUGGUUUUAAGUCUGAGCAGAAGCUGCAUAAACUAGAGGAGGCGGAAAUUUUUUUUUCAAUAAAAAAUUAUAUUAAAAAAAAAAACUAGAGGCCACA